UUGCAUUCUGACACGAAGAUCAAUCAUCAGAUUCAGGAGACAGACUAAAACUUGCCUGAGUGGUGUAAUCAAUCACAGAGACGAAAACAUGAUUGAUUGAUUGAUUGAUUGACCGAUUGAUUUCUUCUAUUUUUCACGUCACGUACACAAAGUGCUGAGUCCUUGUGGGUGUACAGGACACCAAAAGUAAAGUUGCAGUGGUCAAACAUUUAAGUUCUGUGCAAAAUAUUCUGCCUUCCCUCCCGAGCUUGGCGAGCAAAGUGCUGCUGUAUAAAAGGUCUCAUCUCUAAAGCACAGCUCAAGUUUUUUUAUAAUCAUCCAGCCAAUCUUGUAUACAGGACAGCAAAACAGAACAUACAUCUCAAACUUCAUUUGUCAGAGCACACACAGAGACACUGUCUGCCUGAAGUGGCAUUAAGCCUGCUGGUACAAGAUUAUUCGUCACAUAAAUUCCCCACUGCAUCUACUUUUACUGAGACAAUAAGCUUGGGAUAUUAUCAACAGACAACACAAUCUCCCGAAUAUCCCGUGGUGCUUUACAACGUACGGUUAUGUGCUGAUGCAGUUCCAGAGCAGAUUUCAAAAAGUGUGCUGACACAUAAGGAUGAUGUGACUUUAAAUGCCGUGGCUGCUCCUUGCUAGGCUGAGGAGUCAAGAUUUUUCACACGGCAAUGAAUGGAAGCCAUCGGAUGGCUGGUAUUCAGAGUCAAUUAAAAUGUCUGCAGCACACUGAUUUCAUAGUGAAGUGUCUGCAACACCUCCUUCCUUCCUUCCUUAUCAUUAAUAAUACUGUAAUGUGGCCUUUGUUCCUCGUGGGUGUAGCCUCUGCCGCGGGGGCGUGUGCACCGGGGGGUGGGUACGUGCCGACGUCACCGGUUGGUCAUUUCUGUCAACGCCAAAAUAAAACGAGUAAAAAACUUUUCUCUCGGAUUCAUAACUCGAAACACAUGGCAGCGGGGAAACAAAGCCGCGACAAAAGCCAUUUUUCUCCGGGCUGUGAUGGUUGUCGGGACGCGGCAUUGUUCGCGUAGCAGAGGAGGCUCUUGGUUUUUUUUUUGUCCCCUUCCUUUCUUCCCUGGGGUCGCACAGCGAGAGCCAGCGGGCUUGUUUCACUUUAGCCGACUUGCUAGCUAACGUCAAGUUACAAGAAAGUGGAGAAGACGGCGGCUAAACGGGAGCUUUAUCCGCCUACACAGACCUAUGCGACGGACAGCAGGUGAGUGAUGGAGACGAGAGAGUUGACCGUGGUAGCUGGCAGCUUCGUGGGUUUCCAGCUUCUCUUCUCGGUGGCCAGCCCGCGGCUCUCCUCUGUCAUCACACCAGGUUAUGGACGACUGCCUUCCAGCAAGCUCACAGAGUGGAACUCCAGAUUGGUGUCAACUGUGCACGCCCUGAUUGUGGGGCUUUUCUGUCUGUACAUCUUGUGGUUCGAUGAUGCGGUCAACGCCAACCCUGUCUGGGGUGACCCCAGUCUCGUCAAACUAAAUGUAGCCAUAACCUGUGGUUACCUCGUUUAUGACCUUGUGCUGCUUGCAUGCAACUGGAGCACUAUGGGGGACAGCUUUUUUGUCUGUCACCACUUGGCGGCGCUCUAUGCAUAUGGUUAUGUGCUGACACGAGGAGUGCUUCCCUACUUUGCCAACUUUCGCCUCAUUUCAGAGUUGUCCACACCAUUUGUGAACCAAAGGUGGUUCUAUGAGGCAUUAAAGUACCCCCGCUCACACCGACUGGUGGUGUUAAAUGGUGUCGCCAUGUCCGUGGUGUUCUUCCUGGUGCGCAUUGCUGUCAUGCCAUCAUACUGGGCCAGUGUAUUCGCCACCUUCGGCACUCAAGACUUUGAGCGGCUAGGCUUGGGAGCCCAGGUGGCCUGGAUAACCUCGUGCAUCGCCCUGGAUAUAUUAAACACUAUCUGGAUGUAUAAGAUUACCCGCGGCUGCUACAAGGUCCUGACAGGGGGAGGAGGACGUAAGGUCAAAGGAGGAUCAGAGGCUUCGUCUUCUUCAGAUGGGAAGCAUGUCAACAACCACACAGACUGAAGAGAUGUAGAGCAAAGGAUGUGUAGACACAGACAUGAGCAGGGAGGGAGGCUGGACAUCCAGGAACCUCACAGCCUCUCUCUUUUGCUAUAGCCUCAGCAUCCCUCACAACCCUAGCAUCGUAUCCCCCAAUCCUAGCCCUCGCUCUCCUUGUCGGCUAGUGGAUCGGGCUAAGAGUCCUCAGGUUCUGUUCCUGACAUAGGGCAAGGACACUGCUCUUUGACUCACUCAAGCACCAGCCUCUGCAGCCUCAGUGUUUUCACUGACGGAUAAGUGUCCUGCUGGGUGAUAGCUUUCGGUCACAGACGACAAGGUAGAGCUCACAAGCACACUUUAAACCCUGUUUGUCACUCGUCCUUACCACCAUCCCCUCAGUCUCCUCUCAUGCUCGACUUCAGCCAAAGCCCAAUCCUCUGAAGUGCCUGUUAAACACAGGAAAGCAAUAAUUGUGAAGGACUAAGAUCUCAAAGUCUAACAGAGCUUAGCCUCUUCAGAAGACAACCAUCUCUGGCUUGCUAUUGCUCCUGAACAACCGGAGGCUUCUUCUGUUGUUCAUACUCCGUCCACACUCAAGGAGACGUGGCCCACAAAGUGACAAACUCUCCCAUUAGACCCAUACAGUGUUUGUGAAAUCUAUAGGGCUCUUGUCUUUACUCAUCAGACCUCACAAAAAGAGACAGUAAAACACCAUAAUGCCUCUUCUACAGUAUCACCUGCUGUGGCCUCCUUGUAACAAGUGGCGCCUGCCUGUAUCACCAGCCAUGCCCCUCCAACCUCCUUACAAUUCGGAUAAUAUGUCAAAAACUAGGAGUAUGCAUGCAGGAGAGAUGAGAGGGAUACUCUCUCCAACACCCUUAGCUCCUCGCAGGACGAUUUUGCCUUUUCAGUAUUCAUGGUGUUGGCAUCACUGUGCUGUUCUUGAUUCUUUGAUUUUAUACAGCUGAAGUCGUAAGCAGUUGCAGUAACAUGUCUAAUUCAUAUUACAUCCAUUGCAACCCUCUGCCUCACUGGAUACUCCACCAUCCAGCUUGAACGUUUGGUUUUGUUCUACCUCUCCCCCUGCCUUACAAAGACUUGGUUAAUCCAGUAAUCAUCAGACGAUAGACAUUUUUGUUUUACUUUGUAAUGUAAAGAGUGAUUUUAGCCUUCAAGACAUUAUCUGUUGUGAUUCAGAGGGACUUCCUUGUCCCUCUCUCUCUCUCUCUCUCUCUCUCUGUCUCCCUCUAUCCGUCUCCAGAGCUCAUCCCAGCCAAUGCAGUGAAACCAAGCAGCAUCACAGUCCUCACCAAACUGUGUCCAGUCAGUGUAUUUUUCCUGUUAAACUACCCUGGAAGUGUUUAUAUUUCCAUUUCGCUCCUUUUUGUUCUCAGUGACUCUGAGAACCUAACUGAGGAAUGGAGUAGAGAAAGUUCACAUAUGCAGAGCAUAGUGUGCGAACCAUACACUGUAUUUGGUGCCCUUCUAAAACACUGACACGGUGCUCUUCCUUUUGCAAAACUGUCAGCAUAGGAAUGCUUGCAAUACAACGUUUUUCUAGUAUCUAAUGAAUUUUGAUUUACCAAUCUGUCAGAAGCAAUUUGGCAAUCUGCAUGUGAAUUUGUUUGCUGUAUAAACUGUAUCAUCACUAUAGAGCAUGGUAAGACUGACAUAUUUCUGUGAUGCCUUAGUGAAUAGUCAAGAUAGAUGAGUAACAUCUAAUUAUUGCAUUAAUCAAAUGCUUACAGGGGGUUUGUCUUCCAAACAGUUAAUGUUUUUGCCUCUGAUACUGAAUGCAUGUAUUUUUGAUUCCUUUCUCCUCUCCCUGCAUGCCUGUACAGUAUAUACACAUACAGUAGCUAUGCAGGUACCUUCUGCACACUGUAUGGCUAACUCACUAAACAUUGCCACAUCCUGUGUAUGCCAGUGGGCGUCGCUCAGUUUUACAGAUUCAUUAAUUGUUCUUGCUGUACAUAAUGACUACAUAGCUGAUAUCUUGACAGACAGAGAUACAAGAGGAUGUCUUGAAUCUGGUCACACAACUGGAAUGGAGGACAAGGUGGCCUGUUUACUCCUGUUUUCCUUUUUGCUUAAUAGAGUACUCCACCGAUUCAUCGUUACGCUCCUGUGGACUCACAGUAGAUAACCGAUGCAGUAGAAAGCAGGCUUCCAUCCAAACGUAGGGCAGAUUUUAACCACAUUUUCAGAAAUGCAAAUUAAUUCACAUUUCCAUCCACUGCUAUUUUGCAAAUAUCAGGGGUGUUGACAUCUAGAGACACAUCUCUUUUGUGAUGCUUUGAGGUUCGUUUUGUCUGUGUUUCGGUGUUUUUAGUAAGGUUUUUUGAUGCGCAAAUUGAAAAUGCACACAAAAACAGGUGUGUGUGUGUGUGUUUUUUUUGUUUUUUUUUUCCAUUUCAUGCAUUCUUUUCCCCUUUCAAUCCUGGUGUCCAAAUUACCCACAAUGCAACUCAAACACAGAGUUCGGUUGACUCCAGUGACAUAUUUUUAAAAGAUUUGCAUAAUACGUCUACCGUAGAGAGAUUUGAUGACUAAAAUCGGUGGAGUUGCCCUUUCAGUUUUUGUAUCCCCAUUUGGAUAGAUCAUUAGAACAGUCUGAGAAUGUGUGGUGGUGUUUUCACUGUGGAACUAUAAAGCACACUCCCCGUGGAGCAAUAACUCAGCGACCUCCUGUAUUUCUGUCUGUCACCACAGAGGAGGGGCUACAGUAUCUUGUGCCUUUUACACGAACAGUGGAUGUGAUGCAGCCAGAUUUGGAUUAGCAUGACCUUUCUAAUGUAAUAUCCAGUGAUUAUCUCCUCUGUAUUCUGUAUGUAUACUUGUCUGUAUAUAUUUUUGUAAUCUGCCUGCACAAUGAUUAAUCCGGCCAAGUAUUAUAAUCCAAAGCUGAUCCCUCUCGGGGAGCCUGUUUUGUGCUGAUUUUUUUUUGUGUGCUCUCCUGAAUGCAGGGGUACGUCUCUAUGAAUGUUGUGAUGGGUUAUUUAGUGGCAUUAAGAUGAGCUCACAGUGUCCAAGGUGAUGAGAAUGGAAAGCAAACUAUAUUUUUUUUUUUUUUAUCGAAGCUCUUUAAGACAUACAGGUAGUUGACAGGAAGGCUAACAUCUCAUUUCUCCCGCCUUCUAAACUCGAAGCUGUGAAUACUUGUGGAAUAAAACUGUAACAUGGUUCAGUCAUGACACUAUGAUGAUUAGACCACAGUGUGGGAGAUGUCCUGAGACUGGCUCAGCUGCAAUGCUAACACACUUCUUGUAGCAGCAAUCUUUUCGUUUAAAUUUAGACUGGGAAGACUCUCUGAUGUAGGUCUUGUGCACAAAGUAAAACCUACAUUUGUAAGAAUAACAGAAUGUUGCCUGGUUGUCUGGACAGUUUUUUUGUAUUCGUCAGGGUUUUCUACAGAUUAUAUUUCAAGAUCUGAUGUCCGUGCUGUAUCUCACACCCUGGGGCUGUUUGAAAAUCCACAGAAUGAACUAAUGAUUGAUGGAUAUGAUAAGGCUGCUAUUGUAAGGCUAUGAUCUGUGUUGUAUCAGGUUAGAAUAACCACAUUGCCUUUGUUUCUUUGGAGAGGCCAACAUUCAUUAUAUGAUGAAUAUAUUUGAAUAUUAAAGCAUUAAGGUGUAUACAAAUCUGUAUAUACACGAUCUGUGAUCACAUCCUGGAACCAGAUGCACAGUGUACUAAUUAGACCUCUGGUUUGGUCGUAUUUUGUGUUUGAUUUGGAUGACCGUUGCAUUAUAACAAAACUGCAUUAGAAUCUGGUACUUCAACAGUGUCCUCCCAAGGUUACAUGUGGUACUCGUAUCCCCCCUCCAGUUUUUGUUCCUCUGAAAUACUUGAUUUCAAGUUAAAUCCUAAAUGUACUAUGAAAUGGAAUGGACAGAGUUUCAGUGUCACAUGGAUGACAUUUAUGUUUAAGAAUGACUGGAAAAAAUGUUGACAAACUGAUAAUCAAACGAGUUCCCUCUUCCUUUUUCUUCUUUCGAACUUUUUGCCGGAGUGGCGGAUGUUCCCUCCCUUGUCUGUUUCUUUUUUGUCUUUUAAUGCAAUGCAAUUUCUUGAUUAGAUCUGUCUGUGUUUUCUGGAGAUUUUAAUGUGAAUCAGCCUACACUACACAUAGGCCUUAGGGUCCUUGUCUGAGCAUUACCUUGUGACUUGGAUUGUUAUUGUCUAAAAUGACCACUACUAAUGAUCAUGUAACUGUAGUGCUGAAAGCUGAGACUUACUUGAAAGUGUUGCUCUUCAAUAAAGUUGAAGACAAGAGAAACUGGU